AUGCCUGAGAGCUCCGCGAGACUGGUUCUUUUGGAUGAGGAAACAGCCUACGAACACGUAUUUGAGAGGUAUACCUACUUACAGAAAAAUGCUAAUAAGCUGAAACAAGAUCUGGGCAUAGUCUCAAGGUCGACAAGUUCGGUGGAUCUCGAUUUUGAGCCCAAAGACGCCAAAAAAUGCCAUAGAAAGGAACGGUUUUCCUUCGAGGUCUCGCAAUCGCUGUCGUCACUGAAUUCCUCCAAGAUCAACGACAACUCCACCACUGGCUACGUGGUCUGGUCCACCACUCCAUUUUUCCUGCAAUGGCUGUUGUAUUCUGAUACCGGACUGCUGUUCACAAAUGGAGGAGAUUUGCGUUGCGAUGAAGAAACACCUGCCAAAUGUUGCAACGUCCCGGCGAUGUUCAGCGAUCCAAGCAUCGAAGCCGACAAUCAGCCAUUGAGGCAAAUUGUAGAACUGGGAUGCGGGGUAGCUGGUAUUUUGGGUAUCGCAUUGGGCAACUACGUGGACAAAUACGUAUUAACGGACCAAAAAGCGCUUUUGGACCGGCUCAAACACAACGUGGCGCAUAACAUAGACGAGCUGAGACUCAGAGGCAUGGACUCGACCACCUUGGGCUUUGCGUCACCGCGCAAAACCCCGUUGAAGACUCAAAUGGACGUUUUGUGUCUCGACUGGGAAAAAUUGGACCCUAGACCUGCAAACCUACACAAUCUGCUCAAACCUGACCGUAGGGCCAUUGUGACUAUUAUAUCCGUGGACGUGGUGUACAACGAGUAUUUGAUAGAACCAUUUCUGCGCAUCGUUCAGGGUCUAAUGAGAGCCUACAAGGAACUGGGCCACGUCUCGACAGCUCUUGUGGGUGUUCAACUGCGAGACCAAGACAUUAUUCAGACUUUUCUUGAGUGUGCCAUUGUGGAUUUCAAACUACGAGUUUAUGCGAUUUUAGACGCAGAUAUAGAAGCCACAAGGUUUGGCCUCUACUACAUGAAACUGAAAGAGUGA